AUGUCUUUGCCCAAGGUGAGGGCUGCUGCAUGCCAUUUCGCACCGAUAAUCUUCGAGGCCACAAGAUCAUGUGACAAGGCAAUUGGUCUAAUCCACCAAGCAGCACGUUCAGGGGCCAAUCUGGUCGUUUUCCCCGAGUCCGCCAUCCCCGGAUUUCCGGUAUGGGCUGCCUUGCUACCACCGACAAGAACACACGACCUUUUCCAGCGUUUCGCCCAGUCGUCACUGUACGUAGAUAGCGAAGAGAUCUCUGCCAUUCGCCAUGCAGCUGCGAAGGAUAAGGUGAUCGUGAGUCUUGGCUUUUCGGAAAAAGUCCGAUACAGCACUGCGACUCUUUUCAAUUCCAACAUUCUCAUUGGUGAACAUGGGGAAUUACUGAACCAUCAUCGGAAGCUGAUGCCCACAUUCUUCGAGAAGCUCAGCUGGGCCCCUGGUGAUGGUUACGGUCUACGUAUUGCAGAGACCAGGUUCGGCAAGAUCGGGGGCUUGAUCUGUGGAGAAAACACAAAUCCUCUAGCACGUUAUGCUCUUAUGGCCCAAGGCGAACAGAUACAUAUCUCCACAUGGCCUGCUGUGUGGCCUACAAGAGAUUUCGACGACUACGACAGAUCGGGUGUCGACCACAAGUCCAAUUCAGAAUUGGCCAACGAAAACAGCCAAUUUCAGGAUGGUUUAAUUCAUGAUGCUGAAAAGCCGCCAGAAAGGAUAAGCAAGGCUCGACCCACUGAGAAAAUAGCAGACCAAUUCAUUCCGCAGCCAGAUAAAAAGCCCCAAGCUAGCUGGGGCUCAGACAAAGCAUUCGCAUCCUCAAACUAUAACAACAUAGCAGCAAAUCGUACGCGAGCGGCGGCUCAUUGCUUCGAGGCCAAAUGCUUUGGAGUUUCCUGCGCGGGCCCUCUUCCUAUCUCGACGAUCGACAAAAUCUCAGAGAUGGUGGACGGCGAGCAUGGCUUGAAAUUGAGCAGUGCGCUUACGAGGUCACCAAGGGCGCCUACACAGUUCUUUGAUCCGACAGGUACACUCCUACCUGGUUUCGUAGACUCCACUGGUGAAGUAACGGACAGCCUGAUAGACAAAGAGGGUAUCCUCUAUGCAGACCUCGAUCUGAACCAGUGCGUUGAAGGAAAACAGUAUCACGACGUCGUGGGCGGGUACCAAAGGUUCGAUGUAUUCUCUCUCACGGUCAAUCGGCAAAGAUACGAACCAGCAGUGUUUGUGGAUGGCAAUCUACAAGCAGCGCACAGCCGAGGAGAUGCUCAAAAGGGUCAUCCACCGGAAGCCAAUCUUGGCAGCACUAAAGUGGAAAUUGGUGAGAACUCCAGACGUACAGAGUACUCGUAG